AUGCCUCCAUCCAGCAGAGCCUCGUCUACCAAAUCCGCGACAUUCCCCCUCAACCGAGCAGAUUCUAACCUUGCGCAACGCCUUUCCUUCCUACAGUUUGAUAGCAAAGCCGCCGAGCCCACUGCCAAUGACUUUCAACGGGUGCAGGAGCUUAUGCUCCAAAGCCGCCCUUCCACAAAACGAUCAUCGACGUUGGACUACAAAGAUGCCAACCAAGCUCUUUCUAUGGUAGCUCAAGGUCGCGUGCCCAAUACCACCCCAGGGAUGAUCAAUGCCCUCGUCAAGAGCGGUGCCGACGUCAGCGUUGCUCGACGCAAGAGCGACAACAUCCUCAAGAUGUUCAAGGGCGAAAAUCAAGAGGAGGUUCGAAGUGACGUCCUGCCUGUCGCCACGCGGAACUGCUCAGACGAUGUCGUGUUCGCUCUAGCCCUCCACGCCGAUAAAAUAUCCCUCAACCAAGCGCUUCCCGCAGCCAUCACUGCCAACAGCCAUGUCAAAGCGUCCAUCCUUCUUGCUAGGGGCGCUGACGCUUCACCACUAUGCGCCGCCUUCCUCGAUGUCAUAGCCAGAGAUAACCACGAGAUGGCAGAGAUUCUCCUCAAGGAGGUCAACGGUGCUUGUCAGCGCUGCCGCAACAAGGGACUGGUGCACACUGCGAGGAUGCGCUUCCCCGUCACUGCGCAGAAGCUCUUGGCUCGUGGGGCAGAUGUCAAAUACGACAACGGUGCGGCCCUCCGAGCAGCAAUACACUCCGGUGCCGACGAUAUCGCCUUUCAGAUUGCCUCUCAUCCAUCCAUCAUGAGCCAAGCUGUGCUUCUCGACGCCGCCGUCAGCGAUGCGUACAAUUAUAAGAAGUAUUCACUGCUUCCAGUGUUGUUUCAAGCUGGAGCCAAGGGCAAUACUACGGACGAGAUGGCCAUCAGUGCUGUCAACUCGCAGCAGCUAGAUCUGAUCAAAGACCUUGUUCAGCAAGGGGCGCUAUCGGCGCUGUCCCGCAAGGCAGUUGGAACCUGCUUGCGGUCAUCCAUCAACGUCUCGAGGCUUGACAUCCUCCAAGCGCUCCUUGCUGGAAGACCGUCGCCGGAAGUCAUGGCCGAAGCACUGAACCAGACACAUUCCAUCUCCAAAUUGGAUUAUGUGUACCAGGUGGUUGACCUUCUGCUUCGUUCCGGCCUGGCAGGGCAUGGAUCCGUCAGUGAUGCGCUUCUGUACACUAUCAAAAGAACCGUCUCGUCCUCUGAUGAGCAGGUCCAUCUCAAUCUCGUCCACUUGCUUCUAGCUAGCGGUGCUGCAGAUGUCAAUGUCCAUGGAGGAAAGGCCAUCGUAGACACGGCCUCCCGGGCACAGGUGAACGUCCUCUCCCUCCUCCUGCAGGCCAAAUAUCGUGUGUCGACAGAGUCUCUUGCUGCAGCGUUGACUCCCGCGAUCGGGGUGAAGCCAGACGAUAUCAAGAUCCGCGUCAUCGAGAUGCUUCUUGGGAAAACGAGUACUGCUGGUCCGACGGGAGCGACAGUCACUCCCCAGGACAGGCAGCGCCUCAUCAGCGUCGCUAUGUCUGCAGCUGCACAGUACCUCGACAUGAAAGUUCUCCAGCUACUUGCUAGCCUUACCACGUCCGUCGAUCCGUUCAGUACUGCCGUCACCACUUUGGUUCACAAGACGAACGGCUGGUCUUCUAUUCAGGGUCUUGUUGUCAUGCACUUCCUGCUAGAGCACGGCGCAUCAGGCCAAGGUGUUGAGGAUGCCUACCUCAAGGCUGCUCUAGCCCACACAUAUGAGGCCGUCAAUCUAUUAGAGCCAGUGGUAAAUCCCAGCAUACGGAUGAAGGCCCUCGGUCGUCUGACGAGCGCCUCCCCGAGGUGGAUCGAGCAGAAGAAUUUGUGGCUUCUGCAACUCCUGUGUGAUGGAGGAUGCAAAGGUGACUCGAUCGACGCCGCGCUGCUCCAGGCGGUUACUAUCGUGUCCAAGGGAGAUGGGUCCAUUGCGGCGUUGCACGUCCUCCUUGAUUCGUCCGCAAAUGUCAACUACCAGAAUGGCGAUGCUCUCCGUGUCGCUGCCACAAGCGGAGCUGUCGAGGCCCUUGAGAUCAUGAUGCGAUAUAGCGCGAGCAGUAACUCGAUCGCAAAUGCCAUCCAUGGUACCAUUUCGGCACUUCUCACAGAGAAGAGGGCCCUGAAGGCCAAGAAGCCCAGUGUCAAGCUCGACUUGAGGAACACCAGACAGGGCCAGGCUCCGAUACUCGUGACUUGCCUGUCUGUCCACCGCAAAUCUGCACUGCUGGUUAAGAGGCUAGAAGAACUCGGAUGCGAUGCCGACGAGCAAUUCACAGCGACCAUCCACGAGUACCAGAACGUGGGACAGGAAGUGACGAAUGUCCUGACUUGGGCUCUCAGCCCAGUGUCAGCAGGACAGAUAUCUUCCGAAGUCAUCGUCGCCCUCAUUGAGUCGAAAGCAUCAACAUCAAACGUCAACUAUGCCACGUCUAAUUCUAAGACCACGCCCCUCAUCCUGGCUGCAAGGUACGGUCGCCAUGAUAUCGUGAAGAAACUCCUCAUCGCCAAGGCCCGUCCCACUGCUCGCGAUUCCUUCAACUGCACUGCCCUUUAUUACGCGGCGCAACUAGGCCAUCUUGAGGUUGUGAAGCUACUGGUAAAGGCCAAGUCGCUCGUCAACGACGGUAGCCUUCAUGAGGCCGCUAGGAACCUCCACAGCGACGUGGUAGCCGCUUUGAUAUCCGGCGGCCACGACCCCAAUUUCCGGAGCAGCAGGCCUGAGCACAAAGGGCGCAACGCCCUGGAGGAAGUUUGCCUCUUGGCUGAUGGCUCGAGGAAUCAAACCCGUCUAGAGGAGACAAUGAUGGGAAUCGCAGAUGGCAAGGCCAAGGUCCUUACACCAAACGGCGACAGGAACUGUCUUUUCCUUGCCUUCGACAAUCCCCAUCCCAUCCCAGUGACUAGCAUCGUCCUGGACCGAAUCAUGUGGCGUGAUCUCAACGACGAGAAGAACGUUUUCAUCCGAGAAGUCCGUGAGACAGGUACCAAGAUCUUUUACUCGCCGUCCAUGUUCCUUCGCAAGGGCCUCGCGGGCUGCAAUCCCAGACACAUCAACCAUCUGUUGAAGCUCCUCCACGACAAACAAUGCGUCGACAGAUACUACGCAGAAUUCGGCCCAGGAGACGACGGCAUGUUCCAACCGGAGGAUGCAGUGGGCGUUCCUUUGGCGAUUGCCAGGGAAGAAAAGAAACGCCGGGCUGAUGCUGAAAAGCGCCGGGCGGAGGCGGAAGAGCAUCAGCGUAAGCUGCAACGACAGCAGCAGGAGGCGGAACACAAAGUCCAGGUGGAUGGGUGGGUGCAGCACCAAAAGAGGACACAGGCAAACCUCGCCCACCAGAGUAAGAUGCAGCAGCAGGAACAAAUCAGAAACCAAUAG